AUUCCCUUUGUCCUCGAACUAUUUGGAACAAUGGCUUGCAUUCAACCUAUAAACCUAGUGGGCGACCGUCACAGCUCUUUGCUAACACCAUGCAUGUCGAGUUGCCUAUCGGGGCGUUUUUAGCAGCAGCUCUCGUUCUCAUUCCUCUACCAUGGCACUGGAGAGCUAGAAACAUCGCCACUCUUUCCAUGAUAGCUUGGCUCUUCGUCUCCAACAUUAUAUUUGGCAUCAACUCCAUCAUAUGGGUCGGGAAUGUUAUCAACAUUGCACCUGUGUGGUGUGACAUCGCUACAAAGAUUCAAAUUGGUGCCAAUAUGGCACUCCCGGCAUGUUGCUUGUGUAUCUGCAUUCAUCUGGAACGCAUUGCUUCUAUACGCCAAGUUCAGUCAACACAUACAGACAAAAUGCGUCGAAUGCUAUUCGAUGCUGCUCUCUGUUGGCUUUUACCUAUGAUCUACAUGGCGCUUCAUUACAUUGUGCAAGGCCAUCGUUUUGAUAUAAUUGAAGAUUUCGGCUGUCGACCAACCAUCUACGUGUCCAUCACUGCUAUUUUUAUUAUCUGGGUCCCCCCCAUAGCCGUGGCUCUUUUGACAGUUGGCUACGCUGGCGUCGCCCUGAUAUAUUUCUUCCGCCGUCGUGUUACUUUUGCGAAGCACCUUCAAGACUCCAACACCGGCUUGACCACUUCACGAUAUUUUCGGUUGAUGAGCAUGGCCGUUAUCGAGAUGUUCUGGGGCAUACUUGUCACUUCACUGAACAUGUGGUUUACUUGCCAGCAUGGCCUGCGACCUUGGAUAAGCUGGGACAACGUUCAUGAUGGCUUUUCCCAAAUUGCAUACUUCCCUACGGUUAUUAUUCCAUCCACUACACUUGCGUGGAAUUACGCGCUCUGGUGGGUGGUACCGAUUUCCGCCGCAUUGUUUUUUGUGUUUUUCUCCUUUGGAGAGGAUGCAAUGAAGGAUUAUCGCAAGAGUCUCCAGUGGUUCUGCACCACGGUCCUACGUCUACCACCACCAAACAAGGAGCGUCCCACUGUGUUGGGGCCGUCAUCAUUUGCUCGGCUUCAUGGUCCAAAAAGUGGUCUUACUCUUCCACCUAUUAUUUCGUCUGUCACGAAGUCCUCCGAAUCGACUUCGUCUGUUUCUUUCUCUGAGAAGACAUCGACCAGCGAAGAAGUUUCGUCGAUCGUUAAGUGUUCCCCCAUCUCAGAAUCAUUCCCGACCACCCCUACGUCCUAUGCCCCCACGUUACAUUACUCUCUGGUAGACUCGUCUCCAUCUUCCAAUGGUGACAUUGAUGGACACGAUAUUGUUUGACGUGCCAUUCCUUCCAAUAACAAGCACCAGAGCCUGUAUUAUUAGCCCUUCGUUAAUUCCCUUCUUUUAUCGCCACACAAUCCUUGUUAGCUCUGUAGGAUUACAAUGAAAUAUCUUGAUAUGAUCACC